AUGGCUCUGACUCCCUUGGUUGAAGAGCUCAUGGAGAAUGCUCGCAAGUACGACAGUUAUUUCUCCAGCGGUCUACACUUCCCCAGCAGUCGGGGAGCGGAUGAAGAGUACGUCAAGGCACGGCAGGCCGUCAUAGAUGGCGCACAACGUAUACGGCUAGCGUGCAUGACGCCCGACCAGCGGCUCAAUCAGUACAUGACCCGGGCGUAUGACGUCGCCGUGAUGCGUGUGUUAAACGACGUAGACAUUGCCAACCACGUACCUGACGAAGGCAUCACUUAUUCUGCCCUAUCAAAGGCUGUGGGGAUUCGCGAAAGGACUCUUGUCAAAAUCAUGCGCACCAUUAUCUGCCAUGGCAUCUUCUCCGAGCCUAAGCCUAACCUUGUGAAGCACACCGACGUGUCGCAGCUCUUCCGUCUUUCCGGAAUUCGUACGUUGUGCAGAUUCGCCAUUGACACUGUCCUCCCCUCCCUGGAGAGGCUUCUCGAGGCUGAUGCCAAGUGGAAGGGUUCUCAGGACCCGGCUCACUCAGCCUUCAACAUUGCCCAUAAUUCUACGGGGCCGAUGAACAAGUUUCCCAACGAGGCCUGCUUCAGGGCCAUCAUCAGCCCUGCCGAUGCCAAGGGUAUGUCAUCGUAUCCGUUGUGGCAGGAGAUCGACAAUCCUGGAGCUCUCUUCGUGGAUGUAGGCGGCAACAGCGGAUACGCGGCGUUGGCGAUUGCCAAGGCAACAAAAAACAUCACCUUUGUGGUUCAGAACUUGCCUAGCGUUAUUGAGGCUGCGGAGAAACAGGAGAGGCAGCCUGGGGGCGUGCUGGUAGAUCAAGAAGCCGGGCAGCGCCUUCGCUUGAAGCCGUACGACAUGUUUUCUGGACCGCAGCCUAUCCUCAACGCCGACGUCUACUUCUAUCGCGCCGUCCUUCACAAUUGGUCGGAUUUCAAAUGUCAGGAAAUCCUGCGGAACAUGCUCCCAGCGCUGAAGCCAGGCGCCCACAUCGUCAUUUGUGACAUUGUUCUCCCAAACCGCUGCGAUAUAACCUAUGAUCAGCACUACUGUCGAAUCACCGACCUCGCCAUGUACGCGCUUCACAAUGCAUGGGAACGAAGUGAGAUCGAAUGGAAAAACUUGUUCUCGUCCGUCGAUGCUGGGUUCCAUGUUAAGGAGAUGUACACUUUAUGGCCUGGAUCGUAUCAAAAGUUUAUCCACCUUGUUUGGAGACCUGGCUCCCAGUGGAAAAGUGGGAUAAAGAGAAUAGAGCUGUAG